CUGUAUUCGCAAUUUUACAGACGAAGCUGCACGGAUCUUUGGAUUUUCUGAUUUUCAAGUGUAGUUCUAAUCGUAAUAACAGUAACGAACCCUCGUUGAUUUUCGCACUUGGUUUGCCAUCUCGGGGUUUGAAUUUAUCGCCAGAAUGGGCAAACCUCACGGAAUUCGGACUGCGCGCAAACACAGGAAUAACCGGCGUGUUCAGAAAUGGGCCGAUAAGGACUACAAGAAAGCUCACUUGGGUACCAGGUGGAAAGCCAAUCCUUUUGGAGGAGCUUCCCACGCAAAGGGAAUCGUUCUUGAAAAAGUAGGUGUGGAAGCCAAGCAGCCGAAUUCCGCUAUUAGGAAGUGUGUCCGUGUUCAGCUUAUCAAAAACGGAAAGAAAGUGACGGCAUUCGUUCCUCGUGAUGGCUGUCUUAAUUUUAUUGAAGAGAACGACGAAGUUUUGGUCGCUGGAUUCGGUCGAAAGGGACACGCCGUCGGAGAUAUUCCCGGAGUCCGCUUCAAAGUUGUCAAGGUCGCCAAUGUUUCUCUGCUAGCUUUGUUUAAGGGAAAGAAGGAACGUCCGCGUGCAUAAAAUACUGUCUAUCCUUAUCAUGUUUCUGUUCAGUCUUUACUGGAAAUAAAGCUGGGGUCCCAAACUACGGGAUUCGUGCAGAA